CCGACUGGAAAAUUACCUCAAUAUAAUUUGGACGAAGUUUCGAAGUUCCUGAGAAUCCUCUUUACUUUUAAUAGACAGCGUUAGAGAAACCACAAUUACUGACUCUGUUUAAACGGAAGACAAGUAAUUGACAGUCUGUAGCGAUAGCGUCAGUUUGAGCGUGUCUCCGGGUCCAUAAGUCUGCCUCCGCCUCAGUUAACUAGAACAAUCUGUUCUUGUUGGAUUUAAUCAUGGACACGAUAGUACAUUUCACAAAUCAAAGUCAAGGAAGGGACCGUGUUUUGAGGACAACCCAAUAUGCAUGUGCGCUGUCGAUAUAUUUACUCCGAAACAACCCAGACAGGAAGGAGUUGGUGUCAAAACUUAAAAGUCUGGAAGCCAACAUGAGUGCUGGACGCAAAUUGUUCAGGCUGGGAAAUACAAUAAAUUCCAUUGAGGCUGCUAAGCGAACCAUGCAACUCUCUGACCGAGUGCUGUGCCUGUGCCUUACUGUGGCCAACAUCCACCGCGCCCUCUACUUUAUCUGUGACAAUGUACUCUGGGCCAGAAAUGUCGGCCUUAUCCGUGAUAUCGACAAGGAAUGGUGGAGACUAAGUGCCUCUCGCUGCUACUUCGUCUCACUAGUUAUGAGUCUGACCAGAGAUGUUUAUGAUAUCUUCCAGUUAAUGGUACAGAGAGCAAGAGACAAAGACUUUAAGCAGAAAAUUAAUUCACAUCUCGAUCAGAACCCAGAAGUAGCUCAGGUCAUCAUUCCCCAGCUGGAUGCUUUUCUUUUUCUGCUGUUGGAGAGCCUAAAAUCACAUCCCGCUGUUGCUUUGGACACAGUCAAAAAUAUUUGUGAUCUCAUCAUUCCCUUAGACAGGUUGGGUAUUUACACGUCAAACGCAGGAGUAGUCGGAUUUUGCGGCCUGGUUUCCUCAUUGAUUGGGAUUGUAACCCUUGCACAGCCCAAGUUAAAAAUCAAACCAUGAUAAUGAGGGUCAUUAAUGGCUGACCAACUGCAGAUAAAAAGGUUAGUAAAGACAUACUGGUUGUAAAUUGUGUCAUCUAGCUGGAGCUGUAAUAAUGGUUAACUGCUGUUAACCCGGUGCACAAGCCAACAGUAACUGAAGGCUUGUAAGUGUCUAGAAUGACUUGAUUGAAGUGUUUUGGAGGAAGAAUGGAACAAAUUUAACAUGAUUUUGUUCUUGAAAUGAUCUUUAACUUGAAAUUCAAUGGGGACCAGUUAAAAUGUAUGGACUCUCACACUCAGUAAAAGGGAGCCUGUCAGGUUUUUAUCGUAGCCUUAUAUAUUUUUGUAUGCACCCCUGUCUUCUCACACCAGCAAUUCUCUAACUACUGUACUUUGAAAAUAAGGGCUCCUUACUGAUACAAGCUGUUGCAUUUAUCUUUUUAGAAAAAACUAAGUUACUCGUCUGUGUGGCUGGGUCACCUUAAAUCUACCUGAAGUCUUUCACUGCUCUCUGUUUUGUGAUAAAAUGCUGCUAAAAGUUUUACUUGUGAUUCAAAUGUUGAAUAAGCUGCUUCUCAGCCAAAGGUUCUUUCAUAGGGUUCAGGGAUAGGGUUAUUUAAUGUUUCAUAAUGCCAUUCAAGGCCUGGCCUGGACUUUGACUCUCAGCAGGUUAUAUUGUACGUUAACAUAAAGAACAAUGUGAAGAAAUUGAGUACAAAAUACAAAAGCAAAUCAUCUAUGCAAAAUGCAAAUCCACCUAAAUAGUGUGUUUACAAUAAUAUUAUUAACAUGUUGUGUAGGAAUUGUGUGCUAAUGUACAUUUUUGAACGAUGUGACACAGAAAGUACAAACCAGUUCAGAUGAUUUAAU